AUGUCAGUCACAUCAGACCCUUAUUGUACAGCAAGACACAUGUCACUGCCUACAACCGAAUCUGGAGAAAGUAAUUUAUCCCGUCCCCAGUUAAAAGCGGGAAAGACAAACUUUGAUGGCUCUGAGAUGGUCUUAAGCCAUCAAGAGCUCUAUGUGAAACAAUUGGAAUUUGAGAUGGAUGAUACACUACCCUUAGAGAAAAGUACACCUAGCUUUUCCCCAAUGAAAGGGCUGUCUCCAUUCAAACCUUUGUUGCCACCUCUUAAAUUGACCCAAAUCCCUAAAUUUCAGAGAAGUGUAUCUAAAUUGCCUGAUGCAGGUGACUUGACAAUGAAACCAUUUCUUAAACCUGUAAAACCAGAAAGAACAGAUCAUGAUUUGGAUCCAAUACAAAUUUCUGGUUAUAAAACAGAAAACCCAAAAGUAGUAUAUAAGGGUCAAAUUGAUCCAAGGUCCACCGAGGAAGGUCCCAUGGCGAGGGAAAUAUUAAUGGGUACACAUGGUCGAGAACCUACAAAUUUAGCUUUUGAGAAAGCUGUACCUGAUUAUGGAGAAAAGGCCUCCACUCAUCAAAAGGUUUUAACCUCACGUGCCUCUCAAGAUUUCUCCCAUUCCCAAUGUUUGACACCAAAAAAAAUGAAACAGACGAGAAAAUAUGACCAUUCAAUGCCAAGCUAUGAUCCAGUUGGCCAAACUUACAAAACAGGAGUAGUAAGUAGGGCACAAAACACAACCCCCCAAUGCCAGGUGCCAACCCCGGCACCGGCACCUCAUGAGAAUGACAUGCUGUUAGGAGCAUAUGGGGGUGAACUUUUGAAACGAACUUUGCAAAGUCCCCUACUCAGCUCAUCUGACAAGAGGCCACAAUCUUUGACAUAUUAUAACUCUCAGUAUGUGAAAACGAGUGAUUUACCUAGAGGGCUCCAAAGCUAUCAACAUAUGCCUCAACCUGAAAAUACACCUUUCAGACAAUUUUCAGAAUUGAAAAGGUCAGAUGAUGAAGCCCUAUAUAGACCAAGUAAAUCCCCAAUACCUUACCAAAUCCCAGCUUUUGACAUGUCUGAUGUACUAAGUUUAUCAGGUAUUCCAACCCAGAGUACAGACUAUUCUGCCAGUGGUAGAGAGCCGUAUGCUCUCCCUAAGAGGGUAGAUGACCCAUAUGAUUCAUAUUCUGAGACAAGGUCAUGGGUUGAGGCUCAUAUGCCUCGUUAUAAUAGAGAUUUUACAUUUUGGCAUGCCAACCUAAGGGCAUGGGUGCACUAA